CCCCGCCUCUGCGCCCGGCUGUAUUUGGAGCUCCCGGAAGCCGCGGCGACUCUCCCCGGGCGCGGCGUGACUGACAACCACUCCCAUUACGGGGGGCGGAGGCAGUGGGAAGAGAGGGGAGGAGGGCGCCGGGGACCGAUCACGGAUUUGCAUCGCGGAGGACGCGACCCCAGCGCUCCGAGCAGCAUGGCGGACCUGCAGGGCCUGGUGGAGAGACUGGAGCACGCUGUCAGCCGGCUGGAGCAGCUGUCUGCAGAGUCGCAGCAGCCUCCUGGGGGCUUCGGGGAGGUCAACGGUGUCAACGGAGGUGUGGCGCCCUCCGUGGAAGCCUUUGAUAAGCUGAUGAAUGGCAUGGUGGCAGAGUUUCUGAGGAACAGCAGGAUCCUAGCCGGUGACGUGGAGACUCAUGCAGAAAUGGUACAUGGGGCUUUCCAAGCUCAGCGGGCUUUCCUCGUUAUGGCCUCUCGGUACCAACAACCCCAAGAGAACGAAGUGGCUGCGCUUCUGAAACCCAUCUCAGAAAAGAUUCAGGAAAUCCAAACUUUCAGAGAGAGAAACCGGGGAAGUAACAUGUUCAACCAUCUUUCAGCCGUCAGCGAAAGCAUCCCAGCCCUGGGCUGGAUAGCCGUGUCCCCCAAACCUGGUCCUUAUGUCAAGGAGAUGAAUGACGCUGCCACCUUUUACACUAACAGGGUCCUAAAGGACUACAAACACAGUGACCUGCGCCACGUGGAUUGGGUGAAGUCGUAUUUGAAUAUUUGGAGUGAGCUCCAGGCAUACAUCAAGGAACACCAUACCACAGGCCUUACUUGGAGCAAAACAGGUCCUGUAGCAUCCCCGGCAUCUGCAUUCUCGGUCCUCUCCGCUGGGCCUGGCCUCCCACCACCCCCUCCACCGCCACCUCCUCCGGGGCCGCCUCCACUUUUUGAGAAUGAAGGCACAAAAGAAGCGUCCUCUCCUUCCCGCUCAGCUUUAUUUGCGCAGCUGAACCAGGGAGAAGCCAUCACAAAAGGGCUUCGGCACGUCACAGAUGACCAGAAGACUUAUAAGAACCCCAGCCUGCGAGCACAAGGACAAACUCGGUCUCCAACCAAGAGCCACACUCCAAGCCCCACGUCGCCCAAGGCUCACUCUCCACAGACACAUGCUCCCGUGCUCGCAUUGGAGGGGAAGAAGUGGAGAGUGGAGUACCAAGAGGACAGGAAUGACCUUGUAAUUUCAGAGACUGAACUGAAACAAGUGGCUUAUAUUUUCAAAUGUGACCGAUCUACUCUCCAGAUAAAAGGGAAAAUAAAUUCCAUCACAAUUGAUAACUGUAAGAAGUUUGGCCUUGUAUUUGACAAUGUGGUGGGCAUUGUGGAAGUGAUCAACUCCAGGGACAUUCAAAUUCAGGUAAUGGGAAGAGUGCCAACCAUUUCCGUUAAUAAGACAGAAGGCUGCCACAUAUACCUCAGUGAAGAUGCAUUAGACUGUGCAGUUGUGAGUGCCAAGUCAUCCGAGAUGAAUGUACUCAUCCCUCAGGAAGGCGACUACAGAGAAUUUCCUGUUCCUGAACAGUUCAAGACAACAUGGGAUGGAUCCAAGUUGAUCACUGAGCCUGCAGAAAUUAUGGCCUAAGCUCCAGACAGGACCGAAGACCAUCACCUGAGUGUCUGCAAUCAAAGGAAAGCAAGCAGCAUUAAAGAGCUAGACUAGAGGACCUGCUUUACUUUAAGCCUAUGACAACUCUGUGCUGUAGAAACAGUCAUUUCUGGCACACCUCCAUGGGCAUUUUGAAAUAUUUAACAUUUCUUCAUGAUCCACCUUUGUGUGCGAUUUUAGUUCAACAUGAUAAUUUGCGUGCGCUACAGAUUUAAAGGGAAAAACAUUCUGUUUCCCUCAUGUCACUAACACAGUAACAUCUAAGUAAAAGUACUGCAUGAUCUGCUUGUACACUUACAUUUAACUGCUAGCUGAAAAACAAAGCCUUUGAGAAUCUAUGUACAUUUUUACUUUUUAGACAAUUUCAAUAUGAAAUUGCCCUGGGAAAAUGUACUUUUUUCUUCUACAUGUUCAUUUUAUCAGCGUGGAUACAACUGUCAGCAUGAACACAUAUUUCAGUCACGCUUUUAGAAACAUAAAUAAAAAAAUUCUACAUAAGGACAAAUUCCAAUUUCUUGGUCCUUGGAAGGCAUAGUUAGUUACUAAAGAACAAACGUACAUUCUGAUUGUUCAUCUUAUGGUUGCUUUAUUCUAAUUGUUCAUCUUAAAUAUUUUUCCACCAUUUCACCUAAAAACUCAUAGAUAAUUUUUGCAUAUUUUUAUGCCAGAAGAUAGAUGGAUGGAAGCAAUUUUUUUUGCCACAUUAUACCUCACAAGUCAACUCUAAGAACAACUUAAUUUUUGUUUUCCAAUUCUGAACAUGUUAAAUACGCGAUGCCUUGUAUAUGAUGUCUUUAAUGUUUUAUUAUAAUUUCUUUUCCUCUUGCCAGACUUGCUAGUUAGUCUCAAACACAGAUAUGAAAAAGCCAUAGAUGCAUUACUUCUUCUAAAACUUAAAGAACUCUUUGCUGGUUUGGCUUGCUGCUCCUAUUUUAUGAUUGUGACAGUCCAUGCUUUUUCGAUAUGAGUAAUUAUGCUAUUCCUUUGUGUCUUUUCAGUACAUAGGGCUGAAAACUCUGUGACUUCUUGAGUCACACGUGAAGACGUGCAUAGAAUGCUUGCAGAACCAAUCCAAGCAUAUAUAUUGUGCCUAUGACAGCAUCUGGAAUAAUUUCCAUUUUUAAAUAACUUCUAUAUCUAUACAGUAUUCAGAUUAAUAAUGCUCACGUACCAAGGUUUUGCUAUAAAAGUUUUGUCUGUAUGAAUAACCUUGUGGCUUUAGUAAAUAAUCUUUUUUGAACUGUAAACUUAUUCUGAAAUAAAGUAAAAUUCUAAUUUAAA